AUCCUCCGAAAUGGACGACGACGAGAGCGAGGACCAAGAGCGAGGCUUGGACGCAUUUCGGGCGGAGAAGGCGGCAAAGGCGGCCGCGAAGGCAAGAGCGAACCAAGUCCUCGGCACCGACUCCGAGGAGGAAGACGAAGACGAAGAUGAGGCCCGGGGGGGAUCCUCAGGCAAGGGCAAGGCGGCGACGUCAAGGGGGAGGGGAUCGGGGACCCGUAUGUACGACGAUGAGGAGGAGGAGGAGGAGGAGGAGGAAGAUUCGGACGAUGGGCGGGACGUACGGAAGCGCCCGGCAGCGUCGCAGGGGUCAACGCCUGGCCGAGGUGGCAAGCGCUUGCACCGCAGCAUCACCGAGGAUAGCAGCGAGUCGGAAUAGUAACUCUAAUGACGAAAAUCGGAACGGUUUUCAAUGUAAAGACAACAACAUAAGCACAUGGGUUUCGGCUUUUGCUUUGUUGGCGUUAACGCAUAAGUGUCGUUGCGUGCCAAUGAUUUGGUUCUCCUCUUGGAGACGGUGGGAUGGCUGCCGCAAUACUCUGAUGUGGUACCACACAAGAUGGGGUGCUCGGCUUUUGAAGGUGGGGAGGUGAUUCCCGGUUGUACACCGCACGAUUCAUGACAAGCUACGCGUCUUUCCGGUGGAGACGACAGCAGCGGCAGUAGCACGGUGCGGGAGCGACGAGCAGGAACGAAUAUGUUGAGUCUCCCGAGUGCGGCGUCUUGGCUGUUGCAUCUACCGAUGCGUCUUCUCAUGCCUCUGCCUAAAGCAGAAAUCGUGCUCUGCUCUCUCAAGAUAGGUCUUCCGUCCUCUCUUGAGGGUGUGUGGUUACGACUCUGGUUCAGACGAGAGGCUGGGACUUCUCCUAGGAUACCAGGGGCGCAGCCGCGCGGUGAAAAGUAGGGGGCCCGGCACUAUGACGAGAGUGUGGUCGUUGAUCGGUCCCGCAAUCACACAGCUGUGUGCGGCGGGAUUUUAUCGUCUUUCCCGACGGCGUUACGUUUUCGCGUUUGUUGUGAAACCGGGGAACCGUGGUGGUACGGUAUGGGUAUUGUCUAACUAUCUGAUCCUGAUCAUGUAUUGUGGAGGAAAUGUAUCUGUUUCUGACCCCCUACCGUAUCUCCUGUAAAGAACGUAACACCGGCGUGAAAAGGGCAAGAGAUUUCUGUGGCACCCUACCGUGUCAGCUCAGCGGACCACGCAAUACCGCUGUGCUGCAGGUGGACGUGGUGGAUCUUCAUGCGAUUACACAGGUCCGAUGAUCUUGGAGGAAGGCUGUGCAUAUGGUAGUCAGACUUGCAAUGCUAACGGAAACACGACCUUGCUCUGGGCAAAACAACUCGGAUCAAUAAUCGUGUCCGUCCAUGUUGAGCGUCGGAAAAGCCACAAGAAGCAGCACCCUCGGUGGUGCUCGUCUUUCCGUCGGAGUGACGUUUGUCAGGUGUACCAACAGAAUGUGCCGUUGCGUCGAUCCAUGUUUGUGUUUGGGCUAUCGUUGAGACAUCGGACAUGAGAAGGGAAGGAGUCCUA